AUGGAUCGCUUUCUCUCUCCUCAGAGCCCCGAGGCCAUUGCCCACAACCAUUUGACCGAAAAUUGGUUCAGCUGGGAUGCUGAUCAUCCCUCCCUCGAUGAGACCCUGAUUGCGGGUUGCGCCACAUACGAGGCAUUCAAGCGUUACCUCAGCGGUUCGGACCUAUAUCUUCUGCCUCGUUCGAGAAGCGAACUGGAGAGUAUCCUCCGGAGGUAUGCGUACGACACCAUACACAAUACCAUCGCGAAGGCGCGGUCACCUUUGGAACGUGGUGGCUAUAGUAGGACGUGUCACCUGGUCGAGAAGUCCAUCACCAAGAUUCUCAACGAGAAUGACAACGCAUGUUAUCUUCUCGACCUCCACGACACUUCGCGUCGCGGCGCCAUGUCUCCCAGCAUGGGCGCGUCCCCGACACGUUCGAUCAGGAUCAAGUGA